UUCAUAUAUAGAAAAUAGAUUGUAAACAAAGUUUGUACUGAUUGUGCAUUAUUAUCAGUAUUCAGUAGCCAUGUUUCUCUACCCUCUCCUCAUAUCACUCUCGCUCCCAUUCCUAAUCUACCUCCUCCUACGCGCCACCUCCACACGGCGGCGCCGCCUCCCGCCGGGAAACCCCGGCCUCCCCUUCAUCGGAGAAACACUCCAGCUGAUCUCCGCCUACAAGACCGAGAACCCGGAGCCAUUCAUCGACGACAGGGUGUCCAAAUACGGCGCCGUUUUCACCACCCACGUGUUCGGCGAGCCGACCGUGUUCUCCGCCGACCCGGAAACGAACCGGUUCAUCCUGCAGAACGAGGGCCGCCUGUUCGAGUCGAGCUACCCCGGUUCGAUAUCGAAUUUGCUCGGGCGGCACUCGCUCCUGCUCAUGAGGGGGAACCUCCACAAGCGGAUGCAUUCACUCACCAUGAGCUUCGCUAACUCGGCCAUCAUCAGGGACCACUUGCUGCUCGAUAUAGACCGGCUUGUCCGGCUCAACAUGGACUCCUGGACCGGCCGGGUCCUUCUCAUGGACGAGGCCAAAAAGAUAACUUUUCAGUUAACAGUGAAGCAGUUGAUGAGUUUAGAUCCGUGUGAAUGGACCGAGAAUCUGAUGAAGGAGUACAUGCUAGUUAUUGAAGGCUUUUUCUCCAUCCCUUUGCCCUUUUUCUCUACCACUUACAGAAGGGCUAUCCAAGCGCGGAGCAAGGUGGCGGAGGCGUUGAGUUUGGUUGUUGGGGAGAGGAGGAGAGAGAGUGAGAGAGGAGAGAGAAAGAAGGACAUGCUGGCGGCGCUGCUUGAUGAGGAGGGCGGCGGAGGAGGAUUCUCCGACGAAGAGAUUGUUGAUUUUAUGCUUGCUUUGCUGGUGGCGGGGUACGACACCACCUCCACAAUUAUGACUCUCGCUGUUAAAUAUCUCACUGAGACCCCUCUUGCUUUGGCUCAACUCAAGGAAGAGCAUGUUGAAAUCAGUGCAAGAAAAUGUGAAAAGGAGCCUCUUCAGUGGGAAGAUUACAAGUCCAUGCCUUUCACUCAAUGUGUGGUAAACGAAACUCUCCGAGUAGCUAACAUAAUCAGCGGCGUGUUUAGACGUGCGAUGACGGAUGUUAACAUCAAAGGAUAUACGAUUCCGAAGGGAUGGAAGGUGUUUGCUUCACUGCGGGCAGUGCACAUGGACCAUCACCACUUCAAAGAUGCUCGAACUUUUAAUCCAUGGAGGUGGCAGAAUAAUUCAGGCAGCUCGGUAAAUGUGUUCACCCCGUUUGGUGGUGGGCCCCGGCGUUGCCCGGGUGCCGAGCUUGCUAGGGUUGAGCUUUCCGUUUUUCUUCACCGCUUAGUCACCGAAUUCAGUUGGGAGGCAGCUGAACAAGAUAAGGUGAUUUUCUUCCCGACGACACGGACACAGAAGCGGUACCCGGUUAACGUUCAUAGGCUAAAACGACAUGUAAAGAUGUGAUCCAUUUAUGCAAACAAAAAAGAAAGAGGUUGUAGGAAGAGAAUUUGUAGCCAAAUACUUGAUAAUUGUAGUAAUUAAUCCAAUAAAACAUGUUAUUAUGGCUUUUAUUAAUAAUUAAUAUUUUUAAUACAAGUGUAAAUGAUGUUUGUUAACUAAUUUUUUGUAUUCAUAUGUAGUAUAAACUUUUAUUCCCUGUUUC